AGCACCAGCUGGUGAGCAAUGCAAGGAGCAGCCUUGUAACUAACUUGCAUCAUCUUCAACAUGAAGAGAGCCACAGUGCCAUCGCUUCUGAUCCUGGCUCUUUGCCUCAUACAAGAUGCUGCCAGUGAAGGUGAAAAUCAGGAAACAUGCAGCGAAUAUCGGGCACUGAUGAAAAAUGGAAAGUUGUUCUGUUCCCAAGAUAAAACACUUUUUCAAAGCCCCGAGGGAAUGGUGUUCAUCAGCAGAUGUGCCAAGUGCAAAAUGAUCUUGGAAAAAGAAGCCAAAUCCCAAAGAAGGGCCAGGCAUUUAGCAGGAGCCCCCAGGGCCACUGUCCCAGCAAAGGAUGUGUGCAGUGCUUUUCGGCCUUACGUAAAGGAUGGAAGACUUGGGUGCACGCGAGAAAAUGACCCAGUGCUCGGUCCUGAUGGAAGGACACAUGGCAAUAAAUGUGCAAUGUGUGCGGAGUUGUUCUUGAAAGAAGCUGGAGAAAAUGCCAAGCGAGAAAGUGAAGCCAGAAUUCGCCGAAGUGCUGAAAAGGAUCUUUGCAAGGAGUAUGAAAGCCAAGUGAGGAAUGGAAGACUUUAUUGUACCCGGGAGAGCGACCCAGUUCGUGGCCCUGACGGCAGGAUGCAUGGCAACAAAUGUGCCCUGUGUGCUGAACUUUUCAAACGGAAUUCUUCAGAAGGAAAAAAUAAAGCAGAUGAAAACCGGAGAAAGGCUAAAGAAAAAGUUAAAGUUAAAAGAGAAACUGAGAAACUCUGCAGUGAGUAUCACGAUCAUGCAAGGAACGGAGCACUCUUCUGCACCAGAGAAAAUGACCCCGUCCGAGGUCCAGACGGGAAGAUGUAUGGCAACUUAUGUUCCAUGUGUCAAGCCUUCUACCAAGCAGAAGCUGAAGAAAAGAAAAAGACCGAAGCAAAAGCAAGAAGUAAAAGAGAAUCUGGAAAAGCUCCUUCAUAUGCAGAGCUGUGCAGUGAAUACCGCAAGCUUGUGAGAAAUGGCAAACUCCCUUGCACCAGGGAGAACGACCCCAUCCAGGGCCCGGAUGGGAAAAUGCACGGCAACACCUGCUCCAUGUGUGCAGCCUUCUUCCAAGCAGAAGAAAAGGAAAAGAAAAAGAAGGAAGGUGAAUCAAGAAAUAAAAGACAAUCUGGGAAUACAUCUUCCUUUGAGGAGCUGUGCAGGGAAUAUCGCAAAGCCAGGAAGAAUGGACAGCUUCUCUGCACGAGAGAGAAUGACCCCAUCCAGGGCCCGGAUGGGAAGAUGCAUGGCAACACCUGCUCCAUGUGUGAGGCUUUCAUUCAACAAGAAGAAAGAGCAAGAGCAAAGCCUAAAAGAGAAGCUGCAGAGGAUCCCUGCAGUGAAUUUCGGAGCCAGCUGAAGAAGGGGAUACUCAUAUGCACCAGGGAGAAAGACCCUGUCCGUGGCCCCGACGGCAAAAUGCACGGGAACAAGUGCGCCAUGUGUGCCAGCCUGUUCAAACUUGAAGAAGAAGAGAAGAAAAAGAAUGGCAAGGAAGCAAAGGAGAAAACUGAGACUGAGAAAGUUAAGAGAGAAGCAGUAGAGGAGCUGUGCCGUGAAUACCGCAACUACACGAGGAAUGGACGCCUUCCUUGCACCCGAGAGAAUGACCCCAUCGAGGGCCCCGAUGGGAAAAUCCAUGGCAACACCUGCUCCAUGUGUGAGGCCUUCUUCCAGCGAGAAGCAAAAGAAAAAGAAGCCGAAUCCAGAACAAAAGCCAAGAGAGAAGCUGAAAAGGAUGAAUGCAGUGAAUUCCGGAGCCUUCUGCAAAAUGGAAAUCUUUUCUGCACCCGAGAAAAUGAUCCUGUGCGUGGCCCAGAUGGCAAGACCCACGGCAACAAGUGCGCCAUGUGCAAAGAAGUCUUCCAGAAAGAAGAUGAAGAAAGAAAGAGAAAAGAAGGGGAAGAUCAGAGAAAUGUUGCAGGACGGGGUCCUAGUGAUGGCGCAGGAGAGAAAGCUCAGGACCAAUGUGCCGAGUAUAAGGAAAAAAUGAAAAAUGGAAAACUCAGCUGUACCCGAGAGAGGGAUCCUGUGCGUGACGCUGACGGCAAAUUGUUCAACAAUAAGUGUAUCAUGUGUAAGGAGAAACUGCAAAAAGAAGCUGAGGGAAAAAAUAAGCAUUCCACCUACAGAUCAAAUGGGACUGAAUCAGCAUCAAGAAAGGAUGUAUGUGACGAGUUUAGAAGUCAAAUGAAAAAUGGGCAACUUAUUUGCACCCGAGAAAGCGACCCUGUCCGAGGUCCAGACGGCAAGACACAUGGAAAUAAGUGUGCUAUGUGUAAGGAGAAACUGGAAAGGGAAGCUGCUGAAAAAAAGAAAGAAGAGGGUGACCGGAGAAACAGAAACAAAAAUAACGAUGAAAAACAGGACCAGUGUCAUGAAUUCCGGAACAUGGUGAAAGACGGAAAGCUUAUCUGCACCAGAGAAAACAACCCCGUUCGAGGUCCAGAUGGCAAGAUGCACAUCAACAAGUGUGCCAUGUGUCAGAGCAUCUUUGAGCGAGAAGCUAGUGAAAGAAAAAAGAAUGAAGAAGAAAAAUCAGGCACCAAGCUGCCAAAGGAUGCAAAGGAUGAGUGCAGCAACUUUCGGGAGUACGUGAGGAAUAAGGAGCUCAUGUGCACCCAAGAGAAUGACCCCGUGCGUGGUGCUGAUGGAAAGUUAUAUCUAAACAAGUGCUCCAUGUGCAGAACUGUCUUUCAAAAAGAAGCUUUGGAAAGGACAAAAAUGCAAAACCAGCCACACUACAUUAGCUCUUCUGAAGAAGAAGAAGGCCCAGAUUCCUCCAUUUCUUCUCUGGAUUCUGAGAUGUGCAAACACUACCGCGUAUUGCCCAAGAUGGGUUACCUUUGCCCAAAGAAUUUACAGCCUGUCUGUGGUGAUGACGGCCGAACAUACAAUAACCCCUGCAUGCUCUGUCAUGAAAAUCUAAUACACCAAACUAAUACACACAUACGCAGUGAGGGGAAGUGUAAGGAGACCAGCAUCCCAGAAAAAAACCCUCUCAGCCUGCCAGCCUCUGUCAAAUGAUGCAAGAGCUGGUGAAAGCCAUGAAGAAAAUACGUACUGCAAUUCUGAAUCGCCUACCUUUACCAUCUGUAUACAGAACUCAUCUUUUAUACUAUUGAAAAUGAUACAGAGCUGUUAGGGGGAUGGACUCACUGCAUCUCAGUCUUUUCCAUCUCUUUCCUCCUCGAUUCCGUGGUCUGAGGGCUCAGAGGAUCCUCACCCAGUCUGUGUUGUGGGAACCUCCUGAUCACAGUGCUGUCUGUUCAAACGCUUGUUCAAUAAAAGCAAACCCAGCAGAAUGCCA